AUGUCUCGUAGCCCCCGCAUAGCUUCGGACAGGCUCCUCAAUUUGUUAUAUAAAAAAACAGUUCCGGAGGCUAAGCCUAGAAUACCAGCAGUGAAACGAGUACUCUAUGACGACGAAUUCCCUUCAGACCCAUCGCAAUCCGUCCUUGAUGGGCUAAUGAAAUAUCAGUGGAGGCGAAAGCCAAUGACUGAUGCCAUAGAUAAAGUGUGCACGACAGUUCCCGGGAUCAGUAAAUCGAACGUGCUACGCUUGGGCUGCAAGAAUGCGUUUGUUGGAAAGGCCGACUUGGUGAACUUGUUUCCGAUUGUUGCAGAGCGUGAAUAUCUUCUAGAUAAACCCCUUGAAAAUGGACUAAACUUCCACUUCAUUAAAGCAAGAAAUCCAAUUUCCUUGCUGUUUCUUGCUGCAUACUACCUCGUGUUUCCAAACUUCAAUCAAGCUUGUGUAUACUAUUUGGAAACGCUAGGAAAGCAGAUCAACGGUCUUGACUUGGACUUACAAUUCCUGGCUCUCACCAGCAACGAGUUAAAACGAAUGGCGUCACCUGUUCUUGAAAACCCAAGGCCAAUAGAAAACUUCAUGUACCGGUCAGAGAAUUACGGCAGCACACCCAUUACUGAUAUUUUCUCAAGCUCUCCGAUUCAGUUAAAGACCGUCGAGCACCUAGUCGAAUGUCUGAAGGAUCGGUCCCUGUUUGUUCACCAGGAGAUAGACCCGCUUUUCACUAUUCUUGGAACGUUUCUGGGUCAAAGCUUUAGACAGCGACUGGUUAUUGUGCGCAACAUGCCUCUAGGAGUGACUGGCCCAGCCAUUGAAAGCUUGUUAUGGGAUUACGAGUUUGAAAAUGAAGACAACCCACAAGCUUCUAUCACCAAUUUAUACUCGGACGCAUCGGCGCAAAUCACGAUAGCCUUAUUGAAAUUCAAAGAUCAGAGAAAUGCAAAGCGUUUUGUCAGAAACUACCAUGGUCGGAAGUGGAACAAAGUGACGACCCGGAAAGAAAAAUCUUUCUACGAACCCAUUCUUUGCGAAAUAGCCGAUUAA